UUCAUUGACGCGUCCCGAUACCUUUACAUGGCGCAGCCGAGAUAAAAGAACCGUUAAAGUAUUUGUUUUUAGUAUAUUCGCGACCGUUCGCGAUGGAGUCUAUCUUGCCGCCGCCGUCGCCGUUUAUUUUCGAUAAUAAUUUGGAAAAUGUGACUUCUGGCAAUUUGUCUGUGGAAUGGACUAAGUGGAAAAAAGCUUUUAGUAUUUACUUCGACGCGUGUGAGUUAUCGAAGAAAGAGGAAAAGGUGCAAAUUAGUAUUUUGCUCCAUGUCAUCGGGGAGCGAGCUCGGGAAGUGUACCAACAGUUCGAAUCGGAAUGCACGACGUUAAAGAGUUUGAUUGAGCGGUUUGAUAAGUUUUUUUUGCCUAAGAAAAAUUUAACUAUAGAACGGCACAGAUUUUUUACUCGUUGUCAGCAUGAUGGUGAGUCGAUCGAGCAAUACGCUUUUGAACUCAGGAAGCUGGCUGCCACCUGUGAAUUCGACAAGCUAAUGCAGGAUUUAAUAAAGGAUAGACUGAUUUGUGGUAUAAAAGAGGACGCAUUACGGGAGCGGCUGUUACGUGAGCCAGAUCUUACGCUAAGUAAAUCUUUGGAUAUUUGUAACUUGGCCCAGAUGUCCAAGGUGCAAGCGGGGGCUAUAAAGCAAGAGGCUGUGGAACAUAAGGCAUAUGUGGUGGAAAAUAAUCCGAGGCAUAGCGAUGAGUACAAUUGGACAAGUGAAGGUAGUCGAAACAAUCAAGUUUGGGGGGUAAGUCACCGAGGAGCGCCGGCGCAUCGAGGAGCGGCGCGCGGCCGGGGCCGGGGCGGCCGUUAUCAGGCCCCCGCCCGCCUCCCCGCGCCCGCGCGCCCCAGUCCUGCCCGGCGGGAUCACCUGUUUAAUCGGCAAGUGCGGGGUGUAAAUAGUGCUAAUGCUAAUGUUUCGUGUGCGCGAUGUGGUUUGCCUCAUGGCAGUUCAAAAUGUCCUGCUAUUGGCAGAAGGUGUCUGAAGUGUAGUAAUUAUGACCAUUUUUCGCGGAUGUGCAAUGUUUACGAGGUGCGAGCUGAGGAAAACAAUGAUCAGGGUGGUGAUUCCUCCUGAUUGGUUUUAAUUAGCAGCCGGGUUGAAUAUGCGCGG